UCCUCUUCUUUGACUCUCUCUGGACUUUUAUUUACAAAAAGACUCCUUCCUUCGUUUCUCUCUCUAAUCUUUUUUUUCCCUUCUCUCCCGUAGUCUGGUUCUCCCUGGCUGACACUUCUGUCUCCGGCCUCGACACUGCGGCGAAACCGUUUAUUCUAUCUGGAGAGCUGGUCUUCUUUGACUCCAAGGCAGCUAUUCUUGCUCUACAGAGUCUGCACUAAGUGGACCGGGGGUUUAGACUUCGGCGAUCAGUGUUAGACUUGAAUUUUGGUCGGAGAGGAUCUAGGGCUUCUGAUUUUUCGGGACGUGGUAGAUCUUCUGUACUGUUUUCGUUGUUGUGGUGGUGGUGGUGGUGGUGGCGGUGAUGUGAGAGUGGUAGUGGAUGUCACAGAGGAGGAAGGUUGUGUGGCGUUACAUGAUGAGCGGACCUUCGAAGAGGGAUCGUGGAGGGUGGUGGCGUUUUGGUAAAUCUUUCACAUGAAUGCCGAACUUGACAUCGAGCAGGCAUUAAUUGCUCUAAAGAAGGGUGCUCAACUUCUGAAAUAUGGUCGUAAAGGGAAACCCAAGUUUUGUCCAUUUAGACUCUCUUAUGAUGAAACAUCUUUGAUUUGGAUUUCAAGUAUUGGCGAAAGAAGUUUGAAGUUAGUUUCUGUCUCAAAAAUUAUUUUCGGGCAAAGAACUGCGGUUUUCCAACGGUAUCUUCAUCCUGAAAAGGAUUAUCCGUCAUUUUCACUUAUAUACAAUAACGGAAAACGGUCCCUUGAUCUGAUUUGCAAGGACAAAGUUGAGGUGGAAGUGUGGAUUGCAGGCCUAAAGGCUUUAAUACCCUCUGGUCAAGAUGGACGACCCAAAAUUGACAGAUGGAAUGAUGGAGGCCUCUACCUUGAUGAUAGCGAAGAUUUGACUUCAAAUAGUGCAAGUGACCGUUCCGUUAGUCUUACACAUGAUUUUAGCUCUCCAGAGUUGCAUGUAGCAUCAGACAAUACGAACAUGCAAGUUAAAGGAACUGGUUCAGAUGCUUUUCGAGUUAGCACUUCUAGUGCACCCAGCACUUCUAGUCAUGGCUCCGUGCCAGACGAUUGUGAUGCUCUGGCUGAUGUGUAUAUAUGGGGAGAAGUUAUAUGUGACAACAUUGCAAAAGUUGGGGCUGAUAAGAAUGCUAGUUAUUUGAGCACAGAAGCUGAUGUGCUUGUCCCCAGGCCAUUAGAAUCUAAUGUAGUUUUGGAUGUACAUCAUAUUGCCUGUGGUGUGAAGCAUGCUGCCCUAGUCACAAGGCAAUGUGAAAUCUUUACAUGGGGUGAAGAAUCAGGUGGAAGGCUUGGCCAUGGUGUGGGGAAGGAUGUCAGUCAACCCCGCCUUGUUGAAACUUUGGCAUUUACUAGUGUUGACUUUGUAGCCUGUGGAGAGUUCCACACAUGUGCUAUUACUAUGGCUGGGGAACUAUAUACAUGGGGUGAUGGCACACAUAAUGCUGGGCUUCUUGGUCAUGGUACUGAUGUUAGUCACUGGAUACCCAAGAGAAUCUCAGGUCCUCUUGAGGGACUGAAAAUUGCUUCAGUAACUUGUGGUCCAUGGCAUACUGCCUUGGUAACUUCAACAGGACAGCUCUUUACAUUUGGUGAUGGAACAUUUGGUGUCUUGGGCCACGGCGACAGAGAAAAUGUGGCUUAUCCAAGAGAAGUAGAAUCCCUUUCUGGGUUGAGAACAAUUGCCGUUGCAUGUGGAGUCUGGCAUACUGCUGCUGUGGUAGAGGUUAUUGUUACACAGUCUAGUGCCAGUGUCUUAUCUGGAAAACUGUUUACUUGGGGUGAUGGAGACAAAAAUCGUCUUGGACAUGGAGACAAGGAACCUCGACUGAAACCUACAUGUGUGCCAGCACUUAUUGACUACAACUUCUGUAAAGUAGCUUGUGGUCAUAGCUUAACUGUUGGGUUGACGACAUCAGGACAUGUAUUUACAAUGGGGAGUACUGUUUAUAGUCAACUUGGGAAUCCCCAUGCUGAUGGAAAGCUCCCAUGCUUGGUAGAAGAUAGGCUUGCUGGGGAAUCUGUUGAGGAAAUUGCUUGUGGUGCUUAUCACGUUGCAGUUUUAACAUCCAGGAAUGAAGUUUAUACGUGGGGAAAGGGUGCUAAUGGGAGGUUAGGCCAUGGAGAUAUUGAGGAUCGUAAAUCACCAACUCUUCUUGAGGCUUUGAAGGAUAGGCAUGUGAAAUAUAUUGCUUGUGGUUCAAACUACUCUGCAGCCAUAUGCCUACAUAAAUGGGUAUCUGGUGCUGAGCAGUCACAGUGCUCGGCAUGUAGACAGGCUUUUGGGUUUACUCGAAAGAGACAUAACUGCUAUAAUUGUGGACUUGUGCACUGCCAUUCAUGCAGUUCCAGGAAGGCCACAAGAGCAGCAUUAGCGCCUAAUCCUGGAAAACCGUAUCGAGUUUGUGAUUCCUGUUUUACCAAACUGAACAAAGUGUCAGAAGCUAGUGUAAAUAAUAGGAGCACUUUACCUCGGCUUUCAGGUGAAAACAAGGAUAGGUUAGACAAGGCUGAGCUAAGAUUGUCCAAGUCAGGAGUACCAUCUAAUAUGGAUUUGAUUAAGCAGUUAGAUAGCAAAGCAGCCAAACAAGGAAAGAAAGCUGAGGCAUUCUCUUUAGUCCACUCGUCUCAAGCACCUUCUUUGCUGCAGUUGAAAGAUGUUUUGUAUAGUGCAGUUGAUUUACGGAGAAUGGCUCCCAAGCCAAUUCAUGCACCAUCAGGAGUAAGUUCCAGGUCAGUAUCACCUUUCUCAAGGAGACCUAGUCCCCCACGGUCUGCUACACCUGUCCCCACAACGUCAGGACUUUCUUUUUCUAAAAGCAUUGCUGAUAGUUUGAAGAAAACAAAUGAACUUCUGAAUGAGGAGGUGCUAAAGUUGCGUGCACAGGUCGAGAAAUUGAGACAGAGAUGUGACCUUCAAGAAGUAGAGCUUCAGAAAUCAGCGAAAAAAGCUCAAGAAGCUAUGGCACUGGCUGCCGAGGAAUCAGCUAAAUCUAAAGCUGCAAAAGACGUCUUAAAGUCUCUUACUGCACAGCUCAAGGAUAUGGCUGAGAGGAUGCCACCUGGGGUUUAUGAUACUGAGAGCAUAAAGCUAGCUUACCUACCCAACGGAUUAGAGUCAAAUGGUGCUCAUUAUGCUGAUGCAAAUGGGGAGCGUCAUUCAAGAUCUGAUUUUAUCAGCAGCUCUUUCCUUGCUUCCCCUACAGGAACCAACACUACUACCCCAAAUGGAAAUCAAGUUCCUAUUCAACUGGCGAGGGAUCCACCUAUAGCCAAUCGAGGAGAUGAUCAUCCAGAUUUCAGACUGCUCAAUGGUAGUGGAGGGGUUCUGGUGAGUAGCGGUAGUGGGACAGUUGAGGCUGAUGGAAAGGAAUCCAGGGAAUUCCGAGCUAGCAAGCAUGGCUUGAAAUCUAAUAGUUCCGCAUUGUCUACUAAUGGAAAUCAAGUUGAGGCUGAGUGGAUUGAGCAGUAUGAACCUGGCGUGUAUAUAACUCUUGUUGCCUUGCGUGACGGAACUAGAGAUCUCAAACGACUUCGCUUCAGCCGAAGAAGAUUUGGAGAGCACCAGGCAGAGGAUUGGUGGUCGGAGAACUGUGAAAAAGUAUAUGAAAGAUACAAUGUUCGUGGUUCAGACAAAUCUUCAGUUUCUGGCCAGACUGCACGCAGAGCAGAUGGAAACUUUUCUCCCACCUCCCAGGCUUAACAACAUAAGAGAUUGAGAAGUUCACGUGUUUUGAAACAGAUUUUGGCUCCAGCCAUUGUGAAGCUUAGAAGUCGAAGCAAGAUUAAUCAGGGCGACACCUCCUUUUGAUACGUUUGUGACAUCCUCUUCUUCCCUCUUUCUUACAGUCUUAAUUUAUUUCUUCUUCCAUUUAAUUCUGGGCAUAUUCCCAUUUACAUAUUUGCUGUUGUAUCAUAGUGUGUAUAUAAAAGCAUUAGUUUUGGCAGAAUAGAUCAAUAGAGUUUAUGAGCAUAAUAUAUAUAUAUUAAUCUUUUUGUUUGGGUUAA